AUCAUCUGGCUUUUUGUUGUCAUGUUAACAUUCAAUUUGUCUGUUUGAAUUAUAAAAAACUUCUAUUCAGUUUUUUAAAAUGUUUUCUCAGUAAAAUCUAUAAUAUAUUUUAAUAUUUAAAGUAAGCUUAAUUAAUUGGCAGAGAACUAGAGUAGCUCUCAAAUUUUCAAUGAUUGAUAUUUGUUUUUGUGUUCAUGGACAAAAUAUUUAAAAUGUGGUGAAGAUGGAGGAAGGCAAGAAGACAAUUUCAGAAAAUUUCUUUUCUUUGCUGGAUAAUUUACAAUCCACAAGUGAUGGCAAAAAAAGAGAUGGUUUCAAGGAGAGAAAUGAAACUUCAAAAUCAAACUUCAAAGAGAAGAAGUAUGGAACAAGUACCAACAGAGUGGUUUCAGGAUGUGAUGGUUCCAUUGAGAAAGAGACUGCACAUACUCAAUGUGAAGAGGCAGGUGUUAAAAAGAGGAGAAAUAAUAAUAAAACAGAAAAUUGUAGUAGAGUUAGUAGUAUAAAUAUUAGAAAGAAUAAUGACCAUCAAAGAAAUAGAUUUGAUAAUUCAGAAAGAAUACAAACCAUAGGAAAAGAGUUUAGAAAGACUUCAGAUGGAAGACAAAGUUUAGAGUACAACAAUUUAAAUGAGUCAUCGGAAGAUAGACACAAGCAUAUCCAAUCUAGAAAAUCUGACAAGGGCUGUAACAUUAUGGGAUAUAAAAUCUUAGAAAACCUUUUGACAAGUGACACAAGUGUUAUACUGACAACAUUAGCCAGUCCUAGGUCAGGAUUCCAAGAACUACUAAAUAGCAGACCGUUAAGAGCAGAUUUGCUUAUGUUAAUAGUUUGUGUUUUAGAGAAAGUGAAAGAUUCCGAAAUUCAUCAUUUAAAAAUCCAGGUUUUUUCACAGGCAUUCACUCCAGAAUUUUUUGAUGAAAUUAAAAGAUUUGCAGGUCUCAUUUGUAUUGAAGAUAAACCAGACCGCUUAAAAUCCAUUGAAGCUUUUUUUAUGAAUAUAUUGUAUCUUUUUGAAAUGCUAAUAAAUUUAUUUCCUUCAAUGAUGAAUGAAAAAUUGAAAAGUGUAAUGGUAACAUUAAGAAUGUCCAUGAAAAAUGCUAAAGAUGUACAGGGACUCACAGUUAAGGAAUGUUUAUUUGAGCUGGCUAAAAUUAUCACUGAUCAGAUUGAGUCCUAUAUAGAAAAUUCAAAAAAGGUUGAAAAGGAGCAACAGAGUGAUAAAGGAAUAGAAAAUAAGGUACCAAAUAAAUUUAGAGAUUUGCCUUUGAUUCCAGUAAAGGAUGAUUUUUUGAGUGAUAAACCAUUUUUGAGACAAAAUGUUGUCAAAGGAUCUUAUAAGGAUGUAGAACAAUAUCUUGACAUCCAGUUUAGAUUAUUAAGAGAAGAUUUCAUUGCACCUAUAAGAGCGGGAAUUUAUGAAUACAUUGAAAAUGUUUCUACUCCCCAUAUGAAGCGGAAAUAUACCAGUGUUAAAAUAUAUCCAAAAGUUCAGUUUCAAUAUCCGUAUAAAUCAAGAGACACAUUUGGAUUUUUGAUCAAUUUUGAUUGUGAUAAGAAACUUCCUCGUAAUAUUAACUGGGAAUGGAAUAAGAGAUUUAUGGUUGGCAAUUUACUACUUUUUAGUAAUGAUCAUUUUCAAACAUUUUAUUUAGCUACUGUUGUGGAACGUGAUUUAAAACAUCUUCAACAAAGAAUGCUAUGUGUAACUUUUAUACCUGGGUCUGAGGUACCAGAAUAUAUUUUUGAACCUGGAGUAUUUUUUGUAAUGGCUGAAUCAGAAGUGUAUUAUGAGGCUUAUCGUCAUGUCUUGGCUGCACUUAAACUUAUGACUGAGAGUAAUUUCCCCAUGAAACAAUAUAUUGUGGAUGUAGACACUGCAUGUUUUCCUCCUGUGUACUUAGUAUACAAAUCAACAUAUAAAAUAUCUGGUUUUAAUGUUAAUGUACUUGAGGAAGAAAGUUGGCCUUCUCCAAAUGAAUUAAGUUUAAAUCCUUCUCAACACCAAGCAUUCAAAUCUGCACUAACAAAUGAUUUUGUUGUUAUCCAAGGUCCACCAGGUACUGGAAAAACAUUUUUAGCCCUUAAAAUCACUGAAGUACUCCUAAAAAACAAAGUUUCUGAAGAUGCUCCGAUUGUGGUUAUUUGUUAUACAAAUCAUGCUUUGGACCAGUUUCUUGAAGGAAUUUUGCAACACACACAAAAUUUGAUAAGGAUUGGAAGCCAGUCCCAGAAUGAAGCUUUAGAAAAGUACAAUAUUGAUAAAAUUCGAAGGGAGAAAAGAAUGACCAGAACUCACAAUUUUUCUGCAUUGUAUAGAGAAGUACAAGGUAGGAAAUCAGAUCUCUGGAAAGUAAUAGAUAGACUGAGAGGAAACCUUGAGGAAAUCAACAACUUAAAAGGAAUAUUAGAGUUCAGCAUCUUAAAAUCAGUUAUAAACCCUAGACAUUUUAAUGAACUCAGUGAUCAAGAAGUAGAGUGGUUACUAUGUCAAGAUUCUCCUAACUUGUUCAGUGCAGAAGAAGAUUCUCAGGAAUACUACAUUCCUACUGAAAGUGAAGACCAAAAUGAGAAAAUCUUAAAUGUAAAUGAUUUUGAAGAAGAAUUUGAAGAGGAAAUAGAUGAUGAAAAUACUAGGCGCAUAGCUGAUAUGAUAGAUGAUGAUAUUGAUGUAGAUGAUUAUCUUAAAGAAGAAAAUUAUUCCAGUACUCUAAAGUAUUUCUUAAAAAUUGAAAGUCUCACAUUCGAAAUAGAAAAUCUUGAACUAGAACUUCGUAAAAACCUUAACUCAAACUUUCUUAAUGAAAAGCAAAAAAUGUAUUUACAACUAGACGUCCAGGGAACUAUAAAUGAAAUAAAUUGGCAGAUUACAUCCAUUCAAAAGCAGUUUUUCAAAUUCAAAGAUUAUAAAUUUAAUCCUGAAAAACAUAGUAUCUUCGAAAAUACUGCCACACUGUGGGAUAUGAAUCUUCAUGAUCGUUGGGAAUAUUAUAUGGGAUGGUUAUAUUUGUACAGUUGUCACUUGAAACAAGCAGUUCAAUUCUUUUCCAAUCAGUACCAGGAAGUUGUGAUGAAACUACAUGAACUGAAACAGUUAGAUGAUGUGUCAUUUGUGCGUAAUGCUGCUGUCGUCGGUUUGACCACAAGUGGAGCUGCCAAGCGUAGGGUGCUUCUUGAAAACUUGAACACCAAGAUUGUGAUUGUGGAAGAGGCUGCUGAGGUGCUGGAGGCUCAUAUUGUCAGUUCACUUACCAAGAGCGUUCAACAUGUCAUUCUCAUUGGUGACCACAAACAGUUGAAACCCAAACCUGCUGUGUAUCAGUUAGCCAAGAAGUAUGGUAUGGAGGUAUCACUGUUUGAGAGGAUGUUGAAGAAUGGGUUGGGAUGCUCUGUGCUGGGAGUGCAGCAUCGUAUGAGGCCUGAGAUAGCCUCUCUGAUUGUACCAACGAUAUAUCCCUCUCUGGCCAAUCACCCAUCCACAUUUGACAGACCAAGAGUGUCGGGCAUCGACAAGUUUGUCUUUUUUCUCACUCAUAACAAGCCAGAAGACCAGUUGCCAGAUUCCUCAAGUAAGCAGAACACAUAUGAAGCAGAUUUCCUGAUUGCAUUGUGUCAAUAUUUACUGCUGCAAGGUUACAAGCCUGAUGAGAUCACCAUCUUGGCAACUUACUCUGGACAAGUGUGGUGCCUCAGAAAGGAAAAAAGAAGACUUGCUCUCCAGAAUCCUGAUUGGAGAAAUGUGCGAAUUACAGCUGUAGAUAAUUUUCAAGGAGAAGAGAACCGCAUCAUCUUACUAUCAUUGGUGCGAAGCAACACAGAGAACAGAAUAGGGUUCUUGAGUGAGGAGAAUCGUGUUUGUGUUGCAUUGUCGAGGGCCAGAGACGGUCUAUACAUAGUGGGCAACAUGGACAACCUCACAGCCAGUAGUGCCAUAUGGCCUCGUAUAAAACAACAGCUUGAAGAGAUUGGUGCCGUUGGAGGAGCUCUAACACUGCGCUGUGAGAGACAUCCCAGUGAGAUGAUCCAGGUGUCCACUGCUCAGCAGUUUUCCAAGUCACCGCAAGGUGGCUGCUUACUUAAAUGUGAUACAAUUUUGGAAUGUGGCCACUUGUGUCCACGUGUCUGCCACAUCAUUGACCGCUACCACACAGAAUACAAAUGUUCUCAGUCUUGUGAGAGACGGCCAUGUGAAGUGGAGAACCACAAGUGCCCAUUGCGCUGCAGUGAAACCUGUCAGCCUUGUGUGAUCCUAGUCAGAAAACAGCUGCCAUGCGGUCAUUCAACUGAGCUGCCGUGCCAUGUGGAGCCAGCGUCAGUCAGAUGUAAGGAACCAGUACAAGCCACCCUUCCCUCAUGUGGCCAUCUUGUAUGGAAGCCCUGCUAUCAAGAUCCAGAGUUGAGCUUCUGCUCGGAGCCUUGCACUUCCCGAUUGCCUUGUGGUCACGCAUGUGUCUGGAAAUGCCAUGUUGAGAACGAUCCUGACCAUCUGGAGUACCGGUGUUUGAAAGAGUGUACCAAUACAAACACCAACUGUCGCCGCAACCAUGCCUGUCCCAAGAAAUGCUACGAAAAGUGUGGGGACUGUCCCGUACUCAUACAAAUCCAGCUGCCUUGUGGCCACAGACAAAAGAUGGCAUGUAGUCAGGAUGAAACUCUAAUUAGCUGCAUGAAGACUUGCACCAAAACUUUGCCUUGUGGGCACAAGUGCCCAUUCUUGUGUUCGGUAGAUUGUGACCCCAAAAGAUGUGUACAGUUGGUAGACAAAGAGGGCACUUGUGGACACGUGUUUGAGAAAUUGAAGUGCAAUGAAGGGACUGAGUCUCGCAAAUGUUUGAAACGAUGCACCCGCAAAUUGCCCUGUGGUCAUCCUUGUCAUGGUACGUGUUGGAAAGAUUGCACCAGUGACCUAUGUCGUGAGAUGGUGGUCAGCACAGUGACACCAGCCUGUGGCCAUACAGAUCUAUUGAUUCCCUGCCACUUAAACAUAUCAGUGGUUAAUCAAGGUAGUGACGAGUUACUUCAAUGUUGCAACACGCCAUGUAAAUCCCAACUUCCCUGUGGCCAUGAUUGUGCUGGAGUCUGCGGUGCUUGUAUGCAAGGACGAUUACACAUGCCUUGUACUGAGAGUUGUAACAAGGAACUUAUCUGUGGCCACAUAUGCAAGGCUAAAUGCAAUGUUCUCUGCCCACCUUGUACAUCUAAAGGCUGCUUCAGUAUAUGCAAUCACACGAAGUGCUCUGGGUUACAUCCUUGCAAUAAACUGUGUUAUCCUUGCACUAGAAGAUGCUCGUGGCAAUGUGAACACGAAAGGUGCACCAAACAGUGUGGUGAGGAGUGUGACAGGCCUCCUUGUGAUAGGCCUUGCACCACGAAGUUGGAGUGUGGACAUCUGUGUAUUGGUUAUUGUGGGGAGAUGCAUCCUCCACUGUGUCAUGAGUGUAACAAAGAAGAUCCCCUCAUAUCUGCAAAUCCCGAGGCCAGGUUUGUAGUAUUGGAGGAUUGUAAUCACAUCAUAGAAAGUGGACAACUACAAGAGCUUGUCACUACUGCUACUCAAGGAGGAGGAAUGAAGCUCUUACGGUGUCCAAAGUGCAACCAACCUAUAGUAAAAACGAUGCGGUGUCGAAAUAUCUACAUUCGACUGCGAAAACAAUUGGGGAAGAUAAAUAGUUCAGUAACUGCAGAAGUGAAUCGAUUAAAUCAGACGUUUCAAAAUUAUCUUCAGUAUUUCCAGAGGGAACCAACCAACAGUGCAUUAAUGAACAAUCUGGUAUCUGACUGUACACAAAAAGUUAAAGGAGCCUACCAAAGACAGAUGGCACAAGCUGUUAUCCUCUGCUUACUCCAGCCCCUAGUCACACAAUAUUGUGGUCUACAAUGGACACUAAAUACAGAGAAUAGGCUUACCAGAGAAUCUAGCCAGAGGUUACGAAUCAGGUUAGAUUAUUUGGCAAAAUGUCUCCAAAUGCGACUUUUCCACAUCAGCUACCAGGACAUCUUGCACAUAGAACUUGAAGUGACUCGCAUUUUACGAAUUCUGGAAUUUACCGUCUUCCCUGAACUAUUUGUGGUAUGACAUUGCUGCAUAUACUUGGGAGAACGACUUGACUUUAUUAAGGACAUACAAUCUAAAUCCAGUUAAGAGAUUAUCUUCCACCCUGAAGACUCGAGAAGCGACCAAGAAUUGGUUCCAGUGCGAUAAUCAACACUUGUACGUGAAUGAAGGUGGAGACUCAUGCCUUAUAUGUUUGGAAGUAGAAGAGAGAAAAAGGAAAUUGAUAGUGCAUGGAAUUCGAAAUGAGGAAGUGGAGCAGAAUCAGCAGGAGGAGAAUGAGAAAAGGCUGCAGGAACUCAGGAAUCGUAACCUUUCGGGGCCGAUUCCUGUGACAAAUUUCCGUCGGACAAGAUUUAGAGGACAAGGUAGAAUACGCCGCAACCAACGCGGUCGUUGGUAAUAUAAAAAACUGUUCCUAUAAGAAUAAAUUACUUUUUAAUGAAUGGAUUACAGUUUUGAGAUACAAUACAAUUUAUUAAGUAUGACAAAUUUUAGUUUAGUAAUUUCAUUUAUUACAAUUAAGCAAGUACAUUAGUAGUUUAUAAUAAAUAUAAUAUUUUGAUUUUUUAAUUAUGUAUUUGCCUUUGUGCAGUGCUUUGUGUAAGGAUAGUACAGUUCUUCUUAUAACAAAAUAUUUUUUAAAUGUUAUCCAUAUUGUUGUUGUACACCUUUGUUCUUGGUUUAUAAUAAAAGUUAUUUUGUAUUAA